AUGCCACGAGAACAAGUCGAGUGGUAUGUGGAACAAUCAUUGCAUGAUAAUGAUAAAAUACAUGCACAUCAAUGUUGUACUUAUUAUUCAAUAGUGAAUGCUAAUAAAGCAAACUAUCCAUAUUCAAGUUCAUAUGAACAAGAACAAACGUGGACAUUAACACGAACAAUGUCAAAUGAUGGUAAACGAUAUCAAUCAUCAAUUGAAAAUAUUCAUUUAACAAUACCAUGUGUAGUAAAUCUAUCAACACCAAUAACAUCAAUUAAAAAUAAUUGUGAUUAUGAAAUAGAUAAAACAAAAAUAGAACGAUCUAUUUCACUUUUACCACCACUACCACCAACACGACAAUAUGCAUUACCAUCUUAUCGUUUAAAUCGUCUUAAUACAACCGAUUCGAAGAUUUAUCAACAUGAUAAUCAUCAUAAUCGAAAGCAACCAACUUCUAUGACAGAAAAAUCAUUACCAGUAACAAAUUUAAUGCGUAUCAUACAUGUUAAUGGAGAAUAUGUUGUACGUAUUUAA